AUGCUCAUCCAACGGAAAGAGCACACUGCUAAACCAUUUAUUCGACACCAAUUUCAAAGAGAUGGACCAUCGUAUAGGAAGGUUUCAAACAACAAAGGUAUUUGGAUUGCAAAAUGUCUCAGCAAUGGGCGUUUCACUCUUGUAAUCGACAUAGAGGGUACAGAUGGGAGAGAACGGGGAGAGGAUGAUACAGCAUUCGAGAGGCAGAGUGCCCUUUUCGCUCUUGUUGUUUCAGAUGUAGUGCUCAUAAACAUGUGGUACCAUGAUAUUGGCCGUGAGAAAGCUGCAAAUAAGCCUCUCAUAAGAACCGUGUUUGAGGUGAUGAUGCGAUUGUUUAGUCCACGCAAGACAACUCUGAUGUUUGUCAUUCGUGACAAGACAAAGACACCAGUGGAUUAUUUAGAACGUGUUCUUAAAGACGACAUUCAGAAGAUGUGGGACUCUCUUCCUGAGCCUAAAGCCCACAAGAUGACUCCACUAAGUGAAUGUUUUAAUGUUGAGGUUGUUGCGCUUCCAAGUUAUGAAGAAAAAGAAGUCGAAUUUAAAAAGGAGGUUGCUUGCUUGAGGCAGAGAUUCUCUCCUAAUGAACUUGGGGGACUAGUUGGAGAUCAACCGGCAGUUGUUCCUGCUUCUGGAUUUUCUCUCAGUUCACAGAAGAUAUGGGAAAAGAUCAAACAAAACAAAGAUCUUGAUCUUCCUGCCCACAAGGUCAUGGUGGCAGCUGUACGUUGUGGAGAGAUUGCCGAUGAGAAUUAUGUUGCUUUUGCACAAAAUAAGGAGUGGAGUAAGUUGAAAGAGGCUGUUCAAUCUGCUCCUUAUCGUGGCUUUGGGGAUGUGCUCAGUUCACUCCUUGAUACCUACAUCUCAAAGUAUGAUGGAGAGACUACAUAUUAUGAUGAAGGUGUCAGAUCUGGGAAGCGCAAGCUGCUUGAAGAAAAAUUGCUGCAUCUUGUUCAACCUGCAUUCCAUAAUUUGGUGGAGAAUAUAAGCUCUUCUACACUGGAUAAAUUCAAGGAAGCAUUUAAUACGGCCUUGGACCGGCAGGAGGGAUUUUCUGUUGCUGUUUGUAGGUGUACCGAGUCUUUUAUGGCUCAAUUUCAAGAAGACUGCGCAGAUGCUGCUAUCAAACAAGCAAAUUGGGACACCUCUACAGUUACGGAUGAACUUGAACGUGCCAUGAAAGCCCAUGUUGCUUCAGUUUAUGCUCUCAAGAUAUCCGAACUUGCUGCACAUUGUAAGGUAUAAUAGGGAAGUUGGAGCAGUCAGUUGUCAGGACCGGUGAAAGCCCUUCUAGAAAAACCUAACAAUGAGACAUGGCCCACGUUAAGAAAAAUUGUCUCACAAGAAAUUGAAUCAGUUCUUUCUGGGAGCUGUACUGCAUUUCCUGGUUUUGAUAUGGAUGAUCAAACCAAAGGCGAAAUACAUGCAAGUCUAGAGGAACAUGCAAGACGUGUGGUUGAAGCUAAAGCAAGAGAAGAGGCUGGAAGGGUUCUGAUCCAUAUGAUGGACAGUUUUUCAAGACAUUUUAGCCACGAUUCUGAUUCCAUUCUACGUGUUUGGAACGGUGGGGAAGAUGUCAGAGCAAUCACCAAAACUUCUCGUUCUGCAGCCUUAGAAGUGCUUUCUGUUUUGGCUGUGAGCCGUCUGGAUGGUGACGAUGAUGGUAAAAAUGUUCUGAAUACUUUAUCCAGUGCCUUGCUUGGUUCCACAAAUGUUCCUGCCAGAGAUGGGAAUUUCAGAACAUUCGACCCAUUGGCCUCAAAUACUUGGGAAGAGGUUGAAUCAUCAAAAACAUUGCUCAUGCCUUUCAAAUGUAAAGAAUUGUGGGGGGAAUUCUUGGCAGAGUCCGAGAUCAUUGUUUCUAAGGCAUUUGCUGAACAGCAGGCCAACAAGCGUUUAAGAUUAUAUCCUUGGUUGAUUGCUGGUGGAAUUUUCCUGGGAUUCAGUGCCAUUAAGAAAUUUUUAAGGUGAGGGUAGAGUGCGCCAACAUAGACCAGCGCUGUCGGAGAAAUAGUGUGGAGCCACCAACUUUCAGUAAAUUUUGGCCUCAAUGGAAGAGCAGCUUGUAUGAAUCGGGUUUACUUACACGGCACAGUUCAAUUGACAAUUUCAACCAUAGCGAUAAUAAUGGGGGUUUAGUCAAUUUGAGUUUCAAAAGAUUUUAAUAAUUUUUCUUUUAAGUGACAGAUUUUAAUAAACUUACAAUUUUAUAUGGAUUUUAACAUAUUUAUAUGGAUUUUUAUUAUAAAUUUCUAUGGAUUGGCACA